AUGGAUCCUUACGAAAUAAUCAAAUCGGAACCGCCUGGUAAGUGUCCCAGGGAAAUUAGAGGCUCGAAGGAAGGCUGCAGAGUCAACAUCCUAGUCGCAGAAGACGCCAACGUGCUGAGUUCUUUCUUAGCCGACACUGAGGCGGGAAUGAAAAUCCGUAACCUCGGCAGAAAACUUUACUUAGUAGUAUUACUAUCUGGCGCAGUCCAAAGUGAUGACGUGAGUGGGGUAUUGGGCCAGAUGUGGAAAGAAUAUAACAUUUUAAACGUAAUUGCUCACACGCCUUGCGUACCGUCGACCAGAGAUUUCGUAUACGUCCACCGACCAUUUGAAAGAAGUGAAGGUCGUUAUGGUCAGACUCGGCUUUAUUCCAUCACCGAUGUUGCAUCCUGUCCGCAGAUUUUACGCAAUGACGUUUCAAACUUGAACGGAUACCCCUUAAAAGUGUCGCUUUUCCAAAGGAAACCUACAGCACUAAAACGUUUGCCAUCGAAUUUGAAGAACGGAAGAUUGUACGACUUCGUCAGGAACUUCUCGAACUUUUACGGCGUAGAUGGCGUAAGUGCAUCGGAAUUGGCACGAACCAUGAAUUUUUCUAUGCAUAUGAUGCUAGGAACCGAUAGUCUGUACUAUGGUACAACCAAACCAGACGGGAACGUAACCGGUAGUCUAGGCCAAGUGGUUCGAAGAAAUAUCGAUAUCCAAGCAAACGCCCGGUACGUCACAGAGUACGGAACCGACGGUUUCGAAUUCACCAUGAACUGUCUAAAUGAUCAGGUUUGCCUAGUAGGACCCAAGGCGCACGUAAUACCCAAAUGGCAAGAUAUAUCCAACGUUUUCACCAAACACUUUGUAACUGCCAAUGCGGCCGUAAUAAUAAUCUGCCUUUGUACCGGUCUCUUAUUUAAGUUUCCAAUCAAAAUGAAAGUUCAAAAUAAACUCUUGCAAGUGGAAAGUACCGUUCUACUCCACCCCAACACUUCCAAGCGUAUUUUCGUUAUGACCAUCUUAUUUUACUUCUACGUCGUGUCAGGGUUGAUUUCCACCAGCCUCAUAUCGUCCUUCAGCACCACAAGUUAUUAUCCAGACAUCAACACAUUGGAAGAAGUGGACAAUUCCGGUUUCCCGAUCAAAACCUCCUUUAACAUUUUCAAUAAGAACGUGUCGGACCUCUACCGCAGACUCUCCAAGAAGGUAGUCUCUAAUUACCCUAAGAAUUUCAGUGCUCUCGAGCUCGUUGCGAGGUUUGGCGACUGUUACGCAGUGGAACGCCUGAAGGAUGCCAAAGUGGCAGUGAACCUACUCUACCGUGGCAAAAAUGGGGAACCACUUCUGCACGUCGUUAAAGAAUGUCCAACGUCGCAUUCUCUGGCUUACAUAGUGCCAGCCGGAUCACCCUACCUAUUCAAGUUUAAUUUAUUGUUGUUGUUUUUCAAAGAGCACGGUCUAAAUACCAAGUGGACGUCGGAUUUUGUCCACGCGUUGCUGCUCGAAGAAUACAGGAAGGAACAAUUAACGGAUUCCCGCUACAAGUUUGGUGAAGGCUCGAUGGGAGCAUCACCUUUUUAUUUGCAAGAUGUUCAACUGGCUUUCUAUAUAUUAAUUCCGGGCUACGCUUUUUCAUUGUUGGCUUUCAUAGUCGAGAUAAUUUUCAAUAAGAUGCAGCCGCAUCGCCGAACGGGUUGA